AUGUCACAGCAAACACAGAAAAUCAAUGAAGUACAUAAUGAUUGUUUAAAUGAUACAGAAAUGAUUCAAAAUAAUGACAAAAUAAUGAAUAGCAAUGAAUUAUUACAUGAAAAUGACUAUUUGGAAGAAGUAUCGCAACAUGAAAUUGGUAUGAAAUGUAAAUCACCAAUAAUUUAUACAUCAUCAAUGAAUGAAGUAAAAAAAAAAGAUUUAAGUAUAAAUGAAUCUUAUUUGAUAACAUCAAACAAAUUACAAAAUUUCUCAGAUUACAAUAAAAAAAUGUCACGAAAUGAAAUUAAUAUGCAAAAAACACCAAAAAGUAAAUUAAAUAGAUAUAUCAAAGCAUCAACAUCAAAGCAUAUUAAUGACAAUUCUUAUUCAAAUGAGAAAUUAAAAACUCCAAAUAAAAAUAACACUUCAUCAAAAAAUUCUAAUAAUUCAUUUUCUACACCUGAACAAUUAACUUAUAAUUCUAGACUAAAUCUGCAAGAAUUUACAUCACCAUCUGGUAAAUCUCCAAGAAUUGUAAGAAGAAAACUGUUUGAUGAAGUUAUUGAUAGUGACAUUAUAACUCAGGCUAUUGAAUAUAUGAAUUUAACAAAACAAGGUGUUAUUUCAUUAAACAAUUUUAAUAUGGAAGAAAUAUAUUCCAGAAGUACAUUUGAGUAUCAAUUUAAUAAAAUAAAUACUACAACUCCACUGAAAUAUAAGUUAAAUGAUAUAAGCUUAUGCGAUGAUUUGAAUUCAAAAAUCCUUUUUACUACUAUUUUCAAUGUAUUUUGUAAUCCUGUUAACUGUGGUUAUUUUAAUGAAAAUGAACUUGAUUUUAUAUAUUCUAUAAUUACCCUUCCAAUAAAUGCUCAAAUGCUGUUGGCAAGGAUGAUAAAAAGAAGUAGAAAAUGGUUUAGAAAAUGUAACAUAAAAUACCCAGAAAUAGGUGAAGAGUUAAAAGAUACUUUUGAAAUUCUUGUCUCACGAUCUAUUUGUACUUUUGACAUUAAAGAUGAACAGUUAUCUACAAUACUUGAAUUAUUGCAUGUAAAUGAAAUUCAGCAACUUUGUAAGAGCAUGAAAAUUAAUUUUAAAGGAAACAAAGAAAGUAAUAUAGAAAAAUUAAUAAAACUAUCAAAAACUAAACCAUUGUUUCCUGGAUUAAAGGCUCCACGUGAUACUUUAUAUGCUGCAAUAUUUAAUAUAUUAGGAUAUUGUGUAAGUGUAAGUGCUUUAACAUGGAAUACUAUUGAUAAGAUAAUAACAUUGUUAAUACCAAAUCAAUACCCCCAAAAAAGUAUAGCAGAUAUGUUUCAUAUGUUAUGUAAUAUUUAUUUAGGAAAAAUAGUGUUUCCCAAUAUUUCUAAGUGUUAUUUUCCAGUAUUUUCUAAUGAAAUACAUUUAACAAGUUAUAUAAAUGCUAAAUCUAUAUUAUUCACAAUGUUACAAUAUAUUGAAAAGAAAAAUUGGAAGGAAGUACAAAAGUAUGGAAAGUUAGCUAUGGAUAUAUUACCAAUGUUAUUGAAAGAUGAAUCCUCAAGAUUAAAACAUUCUGUGCUUCCUAUGCAUAUAAGAUGUUAUAUGCCAGGAUAUACAUGGAUGAAAAUACUUUCUACAAGCAUAGAGGCAUUUAAAAAAGAUAAAGAUAAGACGCGAGUAGUAGAAAUCUUAUUAUUUUUAUUAGAGCAAAACUGCCAUAUGAACAUGAAUAAAGGAAAAUGGUAUAAUGAAUUAGUGUCUAUUGAAAUGUAUUAUCAUAAAAACAUUGAAACAUCUGCAUCCUUUAUAACAAAAGCUUUAAAUAUAGAAAAUUUGACACAAGUAGAUAAAAUAAAUCUUAUGGAAAGAGCAAAAAAAAUUCUUAAGAAAAAGGUUGCAAUUAAACCAGUGACAAAAGUUAAUGUUAAUAAAGCACUAGCUAAUCAUAUUCAUAACAUGCCAAAGUAUGAACCAGUAUCUAUCACUAUAGAUGCUACAGGAAUGCAAAGAAAUACUACUCGAAGUAAAAGCAUUUGGUGUAUAAAAAAUGACACAGAAGGUCAAAGUUAUGGAUCAGUAGAAACUGUUGCAUUUAAUUAUUAUUGUGAACAAGGGUUUCCCAAUGGAUUACAUUGUGAAGGUGCAUUACCAAAUAUUCUCUUUUGUACUUUAUUUUGGGAGGAGUUAUAUGAUAUACAUAUUCCUGGAACAUUUGUAACAUCAUAUCAAGAAGCUCCAAGUGAUUUAUUUACAGAACAAUUUUAUGAAAAUAGAAAAGAGAAAAUAGAUCUGAAACUUCAAAUUGCUAGUAAUUUAAAUCUCGAAUCAUUAAGUUUCUUGAUGGAAGAAAAGUUCAUAAUACUUAGACAAUAUCAGUCAAUAAUGAUAUCAAACUUACAAAAUAAUUUACAAUUAAAGGAAAUAGUACAAUGUUUGGGAGUUCAAGGUGUGAUAGGAAUUUGUAAACGACUUAUUGACAACUUUAAACUUUGGAAAGCUGGUUUUCCAGAUUUAAUUGUAUGGAAUUAUGAGACUAAAGAACAUAAAAUUAUAGAAGUAAAGGGUCCCAGAGAUGUUCUUUCUACAAAACAACGAUUGUGGUUAGAGUACCUUCAUCAUCUUGGACUCAAUACUGAAGUAUGUUUAGUACGAGGUAAAUAUUAUGCCAUUAUAAUAUUUAUUUGAUGUUUGGAA